CGAGGCAUGGUGAAGGUGUUUCCUUUUUCAAAAGCGACAGUUGGGUGCAUUAACUCUCCCAACACGGUUUUUAGAUGAGAAGAUGAUCCAAAUUUAAUUAACCUUUCUUCCCCGCCAUUAAUCCCUUCUCUGUUCUCCAUCUAUAUAAACCCCUUUCUUCACUCCCCACUACUCACUGCUCAUCAUCUCUUUCCAGUACUACACCACUCACAUAACCAACACAAUGAAGAAGCUUCUUCUCAUUUUGCUUCUUGGCCUUGUUGUGACCUGCAUUGAUUGCAGGAAGCUGGUGGGGAAUGAUGAAUAUCAGAAGGGUUUAUUUGAGGAUCAGAAGAAUUUAUUUCACCGCGGUGGUGGUGGUCUUGGAGGUGGUGGUGGGGGAGGAUUAGGUGGUGGGGGAGGGUUAGGUGGUGGAGCUGGAUCUGGGUUUGGUGGGGGUGCCGGAGGUGGUGGCGGACUCGGUGGUGGUGCAGGAGGUGGUGCAGGAGGUGGUGCAGGAGGAGGGUUCGGUGGUGGUGCAGGAGGUGGUGCAGGUGGAGGGUUUGGUGGUGGAGCCGGUGGUGGUGGUGGGUUUGGUGGUGGUGGUGGGUUUGGCGGUGGAGCUGGUGGCGGAGCUGGUGGUGGGUUCGGUGGUGGAGCUGGUGGCGGCGGUGGCUUUGGUGGUGGACUGCCUUGAAGAUUAUAAUGAUAAUAUAAAGUAUUGAAACUUAUAUUUAUAUGAUCAUUUCUGAAAAAUGUAUCAUGGGGUAUAAUUAAUUAAGUACGGUGUUUUUUACCAGUUAUAUUUAAUUAAAAAAGAAAUUGUGUGUGUUAAUUUUUGUUUUAGUUGGUAUCUUGUGCUGAUCAUGUGAUGGAAAACAAAAUUAAUUAAGAUUGGACCGUGGACGGACGUUGGAAGUAA